AUUUAUGUGUCACCGUUUAAUUUGUCAAGAAAUCUAAAAAAAAAAAAAAAUUAAAAAUUUAUGAUUGAAAAUAAGUUUUAAAUAUUUAUAUGACUGUAAAUUAUCUCAUAAAUAUAAAUUAUUUCUAAAUAUAGAAAGAUGUGAAAGAGUUCCUCGCUAAAGAACCCCAAAGUUCCACUACAACCAAGGAAAGAGAUAGAUCACAUCUUGGCCAAAUGCCAAUCCUCCUAGUUUGAAAGAGAAAAAGAGUGGAGAUGUGCGAAAAAAGAUCACUCCUAACUAACCAGUCAAGUGAAAGGAGCCCACUUACCCACUCUCCUUUCCCCCCAUUGCUAGGAGCCUCGUCCUCUUGACUUGAUAUGUCAAGAACAAGAAGACUACAACCGAUAGUAGAUCAUCUUUUGCUUAAAAAGGCCCGCCCAUCUCAUAUAUAUGAGAAAGGAAGCCUGCUUCUAUUGAGAAAGGAAGCAGGCUUCUAUUGAGAAAGAAAACAGGCUGGAUACAUUAAAAGGGAGGGUACGUCUGAUUAUUUCCUUAAAAUAAUUUAAGAAGUUAGCCGUAACAUUAACAGGCGGAACGAUUUUGGCAUAUUCCCUGCUUACACCCCUUACUUUCACUCUUCAACUCUCUUCUACCAGUUCGUCAUCUGCAUCCCGAAGUUUCUACACUCAAAAAAAAAAAAAAAAAAAAAACAGAGAGUUACAUUGGAAGAGAGAAUAAAAAAAACAGCAUGGGAACAGCAUAUCGAAGGAGUAGAAAAGGGCCUCUUGAAGGCCUAUACAGAGUGGUUAUGCGUCGCAAUUCAGUUUAUGUAACCUUUGUCAUCCUUGGCGCUUUCCUUGGUGAACAGGCUGUUGAUUAUGGUGUUCGUAAGCUUUGGGAUUACAAUAAUAUUGGGAAACGGUAUGAAGACAUCCCAGUUUUGGGGCAAAGGCAAUCUGAAGAAUGAAUCCCUCUUUCAUGAUGACUACAUAGGUUUGGAAUUUUGUCCGAUGUAAUAGUAGCUAUAUGCAUGUAUGUCUAAUCUCUUGAGCUCCGUGCUAGGCGGGCUAUCCGGGAUCAUAUGAUCACUUUCUGUCUAGAUAUGAUACAUUUGUGUGAAACUUGGAGAACCUUAGAUCUGUGUGAAUAGUUUGUUAUCGUUCAGGUUUGCGAGGAUGCAGUACAAAUGUCUUC